CCCGGGAGGGAGGUGGGCCUCAAGCGGGCGGAGCCAGGCAGCCAGGAGCGCUCCCUCAAAGAGGGGGAAGGCAGAAGCCACAAGACUUCAGGAGGCUCAGCGAUUGCCCCACUCUCGUUCCACCUGCCCCGCUGCCGGAGACCACCCAUCCGAGACCCUCUCCAGGAGACAUGAGGAGCCCCUGUGGAGCUGCCCAGGGCCUCAUCAGGAGCAGGUGGAGAUUCUGGCACUCGGGGAUACGCAAAGUGCUUGUCACUUUGCAGGCUGCGUGGGAGGCCUUCUCCCAGCCUGUCCCAGCCAGCUGUGGCCAGCUGCUCACCCAGCUCCUCCUCUGUGGACCGCUGGCUGUGGCUGCCACAGGGCUGGUUCAUCGUUGGCUGGUCUCCUCUCAGCUUUACCCUCUGGGACCCUCAGCUGCGGUGACUACUGUCUGCGGCCUCCUGGUCUUCCUCAGCCUGGGCCUGAUGCCCCCAGUCCGCUGCCUGUUUGCGCUUAGUGUGCCCACACUGGGCACAGAACAGGGCCGCCGGCUUCUCCUGUCCUACAGUGCUACCACCCUGGCCAUGGCCGUGGUGCCGAAUGUGCUGGCCAAUGUGGGCGCAAUGGGGCGGGUGCUGAGGUGUGUCACCGAGGGCUCCCUGGAGAGUCUGCUCAAUACCACGCACCAGCUGCAUGCAGCGUCCAGGACUCUGGGCCCCACAGGCCAGGCCAGCAGCCGGGGACUGACGAUGGAGGUCCAGGGCAAUGGCUCUGCCAUCCGCCUUCAUAUGCUCGGGGCCACUCAGCAGGUCCUGGAGGACUUUUCUGGCCUGGAAUCCUUGGCCCGGGCAGCAGCUCUGGGGAUCCAGUGGUUGGCCACGGGCCUGUUUAUUCUAGGCCUCUUGCUGGAGUCGGCCUGGUACCUCCAUCGCUACCUGACGGACCUGCAGUUUGACAAUAUCUAUGCCACUCGGCAGCUGGCUCAGCAGCUGGCACAAGCCAGAGCCACACAUCUGCUGGCCCGCCCGCCCUCCUGGCUGCUGCAGACAGCCCAGCCCAAGCUGUCCCAGGAGGAGCUGCUGAGCUGUGUGCUGAGGCUGGGGCUGCUGGGGCUGCUUGUGGUGGCCACAGCCGUGACGGUGGCCACAGACCACGUGGCAUUUCUCCUGGCACAGGCGGCUGUGGGUUGGGCCCAGAAGUUGCCCAUUGUGCCCGUCACGCUUACAGUCAACUAUGAUGCAGCAUACACCGUCCUGGGCUUCCUCCCCUUCCUCUUCAACCGGCCUGUGCCCCAGAGCCCCUGGGUCUCUACACGCGGAUCCUACCAGUGGGAGCUGCGCCUCACCUCCCGCCGCUGCCCGCUGCUGCCCGCCCAGCACCCCCGCGCCGCAGGCCCGCUGGCAGCCUGUGCCCUGCAGCUCCUGGCGGGGGGCACGGUGCUGCUGCGCGCCUACGCCCGGCGCCUGCGGCACAGCAUCGCUGCCUCCUUCUUCCCAGCUCAGGAGGCCCGACGGGCCCAACGCCUGCACGCUCGGCUCCAGCGAAGGUACAGCCGGCUGCUGCCCCUGGGGGCUCCUUCCUGUCCCCAGACUCCCCCUCCUAGAAGAACUUGGAGUGGUGGGGCAGGGCCCAGAGUCUGGCACCGAUCUGAGUGGUAACGCUGGCCUUUCUGCCGCCAUGGACGACCUCUCUCAACCUCAGACUCCACAUCUGCCAAUACCUGGGGCCCAAGCCCAGUGCUGAUGGCACGGGCCUGCAAUCUUAGCUCCUCAAGAUCCUGGGAUCUGAGGAUCGUGAUUUGUUGUACAAAUAAUACUGGAAUCCUUCUUUAAAAAAAAAAUCAGAGCACGACAGAUAAUAAUAGCUUGUGCUGGUUGAAUGCUGGUUGUGUCUCACCACAGGCCCAGGAGCAAUGGCGUCCGCUGAUGCAUUGUUUCCAUCUUUAAACAAUUUCAGCCAUUUACACAUGGUAAUGAAAACUGACUAACAGUGGGGUGAGGGGGGAGGAAGGGAGUGACUGACCCUUUCCGUGGUCACUGAGUAAAUCUAACCACAGCAUAAUGUUUACCUUCCUCAAACCUCACCCCCUGCAUCCCUCUACUAAGCAGGGAAGGGGGGGGGAGGGUCCUGUCCCUCCCAGCACAGCCUGUAGGCGUGUGUGGAAGCUCAGUUGCACAGCUGUGUCUGAGGCUGCCUAUUUCCCUGCAUCCCCGUUGGCUUGGUCAACGGCCAAUCCUACUCAUGAUUCACCUGCUCCAGGACGACCUCCUUGACCUGCACACGGUACAAUGGAAAACACACGCACUUGGGAAUCCCCUGGGUUAAGCUGAAAGUCCCAGCCCUCAACGCAGUCGCUUUCUAGGUAACUCCAAUUUUUGAACUCAACUUCUGA